UAGUCAUAGCUGCUGGUAUGGUCUGAGCUGAGCUGCUACUAGUCAAACUUUCGUUUUUAUCUGGAAAUACAGCUAUUAUGGCCACGUUUUUCGGUGAAGUUUUGUCCGUGUACUCCCGGGCUGUGGAGGAAGAUGAGGAGGAGCUUGAGGAAAACGAAGAAGAUGAACAAAUCCGCAGAGAACUGGAGGAAAAGAGGGAGGUACAUCUGCAAUGGAGUCCUGACGUCUCUGAGUCGCUGAGGUCUGGAAACAAGCUGCAGUGUUCCGACUUUGUCCUCGCUGUGGGACACAACGCUGCCAGGUUUCUGUCAGUGUGUGUUCUGAACUCUGCAAACUGGGACGCGGUGGGACACGCGUCAGUGUGGAAUGAGAGGAGCCGGGCUGUAACCGGGCAAACCAGCGACGAGUCGGGAUGUGUCUUCUACAGACAAAAGGCCAACCCAUCAGUUUUGAUAUGCCAGUUGACCUGCUACAUUGCAGAAGACCAGUUGUUCCAGUGGACAGAAAAGGUGUUCGACUGUCUGCAGCACAGAGAGCUGAAUGUGACGGUGCUGUCAGACAGCUCCGUGGCAGAUUACAAAGCAGCAGACUAUCUGAGCAGCAACUCCAUACCCUUCCUGCGCUCUCUCAACACCAGUGUGUUCAGAGGCCAGCCUGUCUGCCAGUCACUGGAGCAGCCCAACAUACUUACUGGGAUUCCAGCUGCAGUACUGAACCACUGCCAGGUUCACCGCAUCGCCACUGUUGUUUACCAGUGUUACAGUGAUGUCAUCGGCCCCGACUCUGUCACCAUGGAGACCUACAAACCUGCACUAACCAAGCUUGGCAAGUCCAUACAGUUGGACCCAUCUCCGAGCACAGACGUCCUCCGCAAGUUUGUCAGAAGCACCGACAUUCAGAGUAAUCUUUAUAUCUGAAAAAUGGCCGUUUUGCUCACAGUGCUGUGCAAUCUAGUUCUAUUUUCCUGUAUAAAAUACUGUCAUUUUUUUUAAUUAAAAAAGUAAAGAAAACCUGUGUAGUCUAAUGAUUUACUUUAUAUGAGUGCCUGUGCCCUUUAAGUUUGGAAUUUAUUAAUUUAUGAAUGAAUCAAAUGUAUGCUGAGAGAGGUUGACAGUGCUCCUGCAUUAUACAUCAUACCUCUGUAAACUUCUCAUCUCUUUUCUCUUCAUAGAUG